AUGGCCAAUAAGAAUAAGAAAGCCAAAGUUGAUAAUCCUUCCAAAUAUGAUGUCUCAGUUGAACAAUCUCAAUUAAAAUCAUCUAUUAAAGGAUCAACAUCUACAACUACAGUCACUCCUCCCCCAGCAACAAAAUCAUCAAAACCAAUCCAAUUUAGAAUAUUUGUAGGAUCAUAUGAACACAAUUUAUUAUGUCUUUCCGUCAUAAUAGAUCCAAAGGGUGAAAAAGAAGCUAUAUUUCAACCAAUUUUCCACUUUGAAGCUCAUGCAUUAUCUAUUAAAUCUAUGGAUUUAGCAAAACGUUAUCUUGUUACUGGAUCAAAUGAUGAACAUAUUAAGAUUUAUGAUUUACAAAAAAGAAAAGAAUUAGGACAUUUAUUAAGUCAUACAGGAACAAUUACAACUUUACGAUUCUCGAGUGAAGGACAUGAUGAACCUAGUGAAACAGUAGACAAAUCGGGAAAAUGGUUAUUAUCUGGUUCUGACGAUGGGAAAAUUAUCAUUUGGAGAACUAAAGAUUGGGAAACAUUUGGGACAAUGAAAGGUCAUACUGGAAGAAUUAACGAUUUAGCAAUUCAUCCAACUGGUAGAGUUGCCAUUUCAGUUUCGCAGGAUCAAACUAUAAGAUUAUGGAAUUUAAUGACUGCCAAAAAAGCCGCAGUAUUAAAGAUAAAAGGAAGAGACCAUUUAGGACAAUCAGGGGAAUUUGUUAAAUGGUCUCUUGAUGGUAGUUAUUUCAUAGUAGGAUUAUUUAAUCAAAUCUUGGUUUAUAAUACGAGCACCGCUAAGAUUGUGAAAAAGAUUAAAUUCAAUUCCACUUUAAUGGCUGGUGAAAUUUUAUUGGUUGAAGGUAAAGAAUGGUUAGUUGUUGGGUUAAGUAAUGGAGCUAUCGAAUUCUAUGAUUUCCAACAGCAAAUUGUAGAAACCCUUGGUGAACAUGAUGAAUCAAAAAUAUGGGAUGCAACUCCAGAAAUAUUGGAAUCCAAAUUUGAAUUAAGGGGCCAUACAAAUCGUAUAAAAGGAUUUUCUUAUUUCCACGAUCCAGUGGAAACUCAAGGAUUACCAUUAUUAGUUUCUGUUUCAUCUGAUGGUAAGAUUGUCGUUUGGAAUUUAACUGAAUCGGUAAGAGAUCAAAUUGCAAUCUAUGAUACUGGUGAAAGAUUAAAUUGUGUUGCUACUAGUUCUGAAAGUAUUGAAAGAAUGGAAACUAUGAAGAGACGAUACAAUUCUCUUACUGAAAUGGCCGGUGAGAAUGAUGACUCUGGUGCCGUUAGUGAAUCUGAAUAUGAAACAGAUGGAGAAGAGAUUCAAAGAAUAAUGAAAGGUAAAAAGAAAAAGGGAAAGAAGAAUAACAAGAAGCAGAAGAAGAAGGUUAGUAUUACCUUAGAAUAA